CUAGAGUCGGGCUAGGGUGCGACGGACGGUGAGAUGCCGGAUCCCGAACGUCCUUUCGAUCCGAUCAGCUGGGGGCGCUAAACCAUUGGACCCAGCCGCCGAGCAUCCGAAGCAGCUUGGGUGUCCUUCAGGUCUGAGCCGCCAUCGUGUGAAGAGGAUCGUUGGGCGGUGCAGUGAGCAGGGCGGUGCUUGGUGAGCCGGACGUCCAUCCUGCAAGGGGCCGAGCGGUGCAAGGAAUGGAGCCGUGCAGCUAACCUUUAAGGGCAUCUCAAGCCCAUCCCAGAGUCGGUCUUUCAGGAGCGGGCGGUGGCACUCACAUGCAGUAUGGACCGGGCGGCCGGAGCAGAUCAGAUGAACUCAAAGGUGACAACCUUGGUGGAUGACCCAGGCAGGGACAGAGAUGGGCGACAAGGAGUGGAGACGGGCGGCCAUCGUACCGUAAUGGGCUGCAACUGUGAACUUCGUGAACUAUGAACCUGUCAAAAACAUGAAUCAUGUUUUCAGACUCCCCACGUGAAAGCAGGCUGCCACUUAUCAGCUGGGGCUAUCGCGAGUCCCACUCACCACGAGGAUCUCCUGCUGCUCUCCCCUAUGCUAAGCUCUCUGGUGGUUCAUCCUCGGCAUCAGUUAUCUUUUGUAGAAAGUGAAGCUACCUCAUCUAGCUGCAGUGUGGCCUGCCUACGACCUGGAGCUAGGAACUCCUCGGUUGCUGUCCUUCCCUCUGUUGAAGCCUGGAAGCGUUGUCUUCUUCGUAUCAAAGCUAGUAAAAUCAAGAAGAACAUGUUUACGCUUUUUGAUCUUUUCCCACAGACGGCACCAAUGUUGAGUUUAGUCCAACAUGAACUAUUAGAUAUAGAUCUAAAUAUGUAUGAAAUGCUCUGUUUUUACGUGGAAACCCGGAAAGGGAGAAAACCACGAGACUUUUUAGGCUAACGUCCAAGCUCGUUCUUCCUCAU